UCAAGAAGAACAGUUUCCUACGUCAUCAAACAGCGACACGAUUCAGACAGGAGACUGUUGUGUGAAUGCAGUUCGUCAGUGUUAGUCUGCUGAUGAAAAGAAUCAUCUGCAGGAGAUUUCACUGAUCUAACACUUGGAGCUCACUUUGGCUGCAGUUUUCUUUCCUAACGGCCGCGUUCACCGGGAGAGGCGGAGAGCCGCGAUGUGUCAGGUGGAUGAAGAUUACCGGGGAGAGGUGGAGCGCGCCGCCGUGCCCAGUGUUUCGAAGAAAUGUGUCAAAUGCAAAGAGGCACCUGCAGCUUUGGUCAUCAGAGCAGGAGAUGCUUACUGCAGGCUCUGUUUCAAAGAUUUCUUCGUUCACAAGUUCAAAGCUGUGCUCGGCAAAAACAGGAUCAUUUUCCCCGGAGAGAAGGUCCUGCUGGCUGUGUCCGGAGGUCCUUCUUCCUGUUCGAUGCUCAGACAAGUUCAAGAGGGUUUAAGUCAGAAAGCGAACAAGAAGCUGAGAUUCGUGCCUGGCAUUGCCUACAUCGACGAGGGUGCUGCGAUAGGCCAGUCGGUGGAGGAGAGGCAAAGGACAGUGGCUGAGCUUCAGGCAGUGUUUCAGGCUACUGGUUUCCCCUUCUACAUCUUACCUCUGGAGCAGGUCCUGGACCUGCCCGCUUCAGUCGUGGCGACCAAUCCAUCGCCCUCAGAGCAACCUGCCAGCGCCUACAAAGCAGCCGUGGGUCACUUUGUGGAGACCGACGGCAGCAACAACUUUCCAACACCACAGGAACCAAAGAAGAUGCUGUUGCCUCAUGUUCAGGAGUCGCACACGCUACAGCAGCUGCUUGGUUCAGUUAAAACACUGACGGCCAGAGAAGAGCUGCUGAACACACUAAGGCAGCAUCUGCUGGUGCACACAGCUCGUACAGAGGGCUACAGUAAACUGAUGCUGGGAGACAGCUGCACCAGACUGGCUGUUAAACUUCUCACCAGUAUAUCACUGGGCAGAGGAGCGCAGCUGGCCCAGGACACGGGUUUCUCUGACUCCAGAUACGGUGACAUCAUAUUAGUGCGGCCAAUGAGGGACUACUCUGCCAAAGAAAUAGCUUACUACAACCAUCUGUUCACUGUGCCCUCUGUUGUUAUUCCAAGUGUGGACACCAAGACGGUCGAUAAGGCCAGCAUCCAACGUCUGACAGAGAGUUUUGUCACCAAACUGCAGGCAGACUUCCCCUCCACUGUCAGCACCAUCUACAGGACCAGCGAGAAGCUGCAGAGUGCAUGUAUGAAAUGGUCAGGAGCCGAGCGCUGCGACCGAUGUCUGCUGUGUCUGUGCAGCCUGGAUACUGCUGUGGAGGAGCCAUCGGCCUUCCAGGCCACGCUCCUGUCAGAUCAACUCUCUGGGUCUAAGUGUCUGCGAGGCAGUGCUGCUGAAACCCUGAGGCCAAACCCAGGGAGGCCGGAGUCGCCGGCUCCCACUGGACAGUGCUGUUCCUCUGCAGGAGGGCGGGACUGUGGGAGACCAGGAAGUGAUGGAGGUUGCUGUUCUUCUGCUAAGCUACCAGAAACAACACGUCUGAAGAGCCUGUUGUGUUACAGCUGUGCACUGACUAUCAGAGACAUGUCGACAGUGAAUCACCUCCCUCAGUACAUCCUGUCAGAGGCUCAGAGGAGGCAAAGGAGUGAGACUGCAGGUGAUCGAGGGCUGACUGAGUUGUUGUGCUCUGUAGAUCUCAAAUGAGAGAGGAGAUCAGUGAGUUCCUGCUGGAUGAUGGUGACGAAGGAAAUUAGAAACAAAAGGAGAAGCCCCGCCCCCCACGCCAGAAGAGGAUGGAGGAAACGUUUCUUCAAGGAAACUGGCAACUGACACUUAGGUUUAAGUUCUGCAGAAAGGAGCUGAUUUCAUGUUUAACAAUGACAUCAUUAGAGAGCGUGUGUGUGAGAGCGUGUGUGUGUGUGUGAGAGCGUGUGUGUGUGUGUGUGAGAGCGUGUGUGUGUGUGUGUGAGAGCGUGCGUGAGAGCGU